UCCACACUCUGACCCGCCCACCCCUCCUAGCGCGCUCUCCUUCUUUAGCUCCACGCCUGGGCCCGGGCCUCAGCCCCGCUUCCCGGGCCCGAACCCCGCCUCCUCGCCCAAGCCCAAACCCCUCGUCCACCUCCCAGUCGGAGCCACACCACCCGACCCGAACCCGCCUCGCGGGGGCGGAGUUGCACCAGGUGUGGACCCGGGGCGUGGCGGGCGUCUCGGAGCGCCAGGUGCGGCUUCCGUGUCAAGAUGGCUGUCUCCUGCUGCUUCGGGGCCCGGCUCCAGCCCGGCCGCCGCCUUCCUGUCGGGGCGCCGCUGCUUCGCGUGGCCCUCUACCUCCUGUGCUGGGCCCCGGCGGCUGUGGGCGCCGUCCCGGAGCUCGGGCUCUGGGCAGCGACGGUCAACGACAAAUCAGGACCUUUGAUAUUUAGAAAAACUAUGUUUAACUCUACUGAAAUCAAGUUUUCUGUUAAGUCAUUCAGUUGUUCUGGGCCUGUGAAGUUUACCAUAGAGUGGCAUUUGAAGCAUUAUACCUGUCAAAAUGAAUAUUCUAAGCUGGAGGAGGAGCUAUCACAAAAACAGGAUCCUGGUGUUAAUGAAGACUUUUGUGGCCAUUAUUUCAAGAACACUGAAUGUUGGACAACAAAAUAUGAAAACUUAGAUUGCAACAGUGACUUACAGGUGUUUCCCUCACUGACUAAUAAGGAACUAAUUACAAAUACCAGAAAUGUUUCAAACCAGGAAAGAUCAACAGAUGUUGUAGCCAGAACACAGAGAGAUGGGUUUCAUAUCUUUAUUGUUUCUAUUAAAACGGAAAAAAGAGAUGCAAGAUGGAAUUUGAAUGUUUCUCUUUCUAUGAUUGGGCCUCAUGGAUAUAUUUCUGCAUCAGAUUGGCCUCUGAUGAUUUUUUACAUGGUGAUGUGUAUCGUUUAUAUUUUAUAUGGCGUACUGUGGCUGAUGUGGUCUGCCUGUUACUGGAAAGAUAUAUUAAGAAUCCAGUUCUGGAUUGCCGCUGUUAUUUUCCUGGGAAUGCUUGAAAAAGCAGUUUUUUAUUCUGAAUAUCAAAACAUCAGCAGCACCGGGCUAUCAACCCAAGGUUUAUUGAUAUUUGCUGAGUUGAUAUCUGCGGUUAAGAGGACAUUGGCUCGCCUCCUUGUGAUCAUUGUGAGCUUGGGCUAUGGCAUUGUGAAGCCCCGUUUAGGAACAGUCAUGCACCGGGUGGUCGGACUGGGGAUUCUUUACUUUAUCUUCGCAGCUAUUGAAGGCGUGAUGAGAGUUAUUGGGGCAGAUGACUCUGAUCUUGUGCUUCUGGCCAGUCUCCCUCUCUCUCUCCUUGACUCUGGCUUGUGCUGGUGGAUAUUUAUAAGUUUGGCACAAACCAUGAAGACUCUAAGGCUAAGAAAGAACACAGUGAAAUUUUCUUUAUACAGGCACUUUACAAAUACUCUGAUCUUUGCUGUACUAGCUUCUAUAGUGUUUAUGGUGUGGACAACCAAGACAUUUAGAAUUGCAAAAUGUCAAUCAGAUUGGAUGGAACGCUGGGUUGAUGAUGCAUUUUGGAGCUUCCUUUUUUCACUUAUCCUUAUUGUAAUAAUGUUUUUGUGGAGACCAUCAGCAAACAAUCAGAGAUAUGCCUUCAUGCCGUUAAUUGAUGAUUCUGAUGAUGAAAUUGAAGAAUUUAUGGUACCAUCUGAAAAUUUAACUGAAGGAAUAAAAUUAAGAGUCUCAAAAACAGUUUCCAAUGGAACAGCUAAACCUGCUACUUCUGAUAAUUUUGAUGAAGAUUUGAAGUGGGUGGAAGAAAAUAUUCCCUCUUCAUUCACAGAUGUAGCUCUUCCAGUGUUAGUGGAUUCAGAUGAGGAAAUCAUGACCAGAUCUGAAAUGGCAGAAAAAAUGUUCUCGUCAGAAAAGAUAAUGUGAUUGGAACCCAUAGAACUGAAACCUAGUUAACGGUGAAGGACUUCCUCAAGACUGAAAGAGAGCUUUGUUUGAUAUAGUGCAACAAGGUUUUAUUGCAUUAUCUUGGAAAUCUGUGUAUUACAACCUAGAAUUCAGGUGGUAGGAGGGUUCUGCGACUGUUUUAAGCUGCUCUGGAGUGUCGGCUUCUUGUCCAUCAAAUUGCCUGGAUUUGGAAAUAAUCUAAGAAAAGUAUUAUGAUAAAGAAAUAUGCCCAAAUGCCCUUAGCUGAGAGGUGGCAGGGACGUGGAUUUGGGUUUUCUCUUUUCUCUGGAAAAUAUGACAAUUCCAGACUUAAAAAUACUUUUUACAUAAAUACUCCUACUGUUCUUCCACUAACCUUUGAGGUAGAUGAUGUGAUUCUUCUGUAGUAUGGUAAAGCAGCAUCUCCAUCUCUUGGGUGUGUAGUUACUAGAUGCAGUAAUAAUUUUCUUUGACUUUUAUACUGAAGUGAUUUGAAAUCAAGUAAAACUUAGUUAGCCUUAGAACAUAAGCAUGUUUAUAUGGUUAGCUUUGGUGUGUGGGUGUGUGAGGGUGUGGGUGUGUAUACGUAUACAUACGGGUUCACACAAAGUCCUUGUUUGUAAAUAUCACCAUGCACACCAAACCACAGAGUUGGGUCCUCUCUGUCUGAGCUCAGGGGAACACGAGAACACAGGAAAGAGGUCUUGAUGGUCACUUCCAAGGAUUUGCUCUGCCAUUGCCCCCCCACUCAGGCCAUAUGUGCACGUGCUGCUGCAGAAUCUAUCUGGGGCAGGUGCUAGACAUGUGGCCACAUCGCAGUUUCUCUCCGGCAAGCUGGAGGACUCAUUACCAGUGACCCUUGUAGGCACCAGAACAUCCUUUACAUGAUCUUGGUUUAUUUGGUUUCAUAAUGAAACAUAUAUUUAUCUGCACAGUAUAUCACUAUUAAUCUCGUAAUUAAUUUCUUAACCUUCAACCAUGUUUUACAUAUCAUUUUGUUACAUUAUAUAUGUAAUAUAUGAUUUGAAAAUUUUUUGUUUUAAUAUUUUUUUAAGUGCAGAACAUUCUAAACUUGAAAGGUAGUUGAAUGUAGAAUGUUGGAAAUGUGAAUGUUUUGCUGCUUUCAUGACCAAAGAUACAGGGCUAGUGGACAUUUAGAAUAGGAAUAAAAGUUAGAAUCUUGUGUAUCUUUCUUUGAAGAGGUUCUAACCUUGUGAAUUGAGAAUGACUUCAGAGAAUUUUGAUUGAGAAGCAUUUAAAGCUUUAACCAGUACACUUAAGUAUAACUAUUAAUUUAUUUUCAUCAUGAAGCCACAAAAUUUUUUCUUUCAGGAGCCUACUUUUUCAAUUUAUUUCUCAUUUACUCAUGUCAUAGGAGUUAGCAAAAAAAAAAAAAAUUCUAGUAAUAAUGUGUCUUGAAAGAUACUUUCAAAUUUAUUUUUGAUAGGGAACACCGAAUGGUUUGGGGCAUCCUUCCUAGGGAAAGACUGUCAAUUAGUGUGGGUUCCAUUCCUUAUUUUCAUUUCUGCCACAAUAUUGGGCCCCCACCCACUACAUUUCCCAGCAUUUAUGUCCAUUCUGGUUUUGGUAUAUUUUACCCUGGGCCCAGUUGUUUCAGAGCCGGAGGUGACCCUGCCUUCUCAUUCCUAACAUUUUUCUCUACUACCAUUCCCAGAUUUUGAGGCAGACCCCCAACUCAUCAUAUGGCUCCAGCUGAAGUUUGAAAUAACAGGGUCCUGGGCUUCCAGCCUGUAGGAGCUGCAGAUGUAGUGGGGCAGGAGUGGCGUGUCAAUUGUGAGCACAAGGGACACUGCCUCUAGCAUAACCUCAGUAAGUGGGUAUAAAAGCAUCUCUUUCUGCGGCUGGAAAGAUAAAGGAUGCGACAUGUAUAGCUCAGCUACAGGCUGAAAUGGAAACUUUUCUCAUCUUCUAGAGAAAGCAGGAUUCCCUCCUGAUAACUUUGUCAGAAAUGUUGUUUUUCAAAGGGCAUAUAUCUGUCACUUUCAGUGAUAAUUGUGUCGUCAGUUGAUGUCUCUUGACCUGAAUUGAGUAUUCCUAUGGAAGGUCCUCUCAGCCCCCUUGUAUAAAUAGGAGGGGGUGUCCUAGGGCUGUCGCUGUGGUUUGUCUGAAGGACACUGGGGAAAAGUGAUACCUGGGGCCAUUGUACAGCUCGUUAUCCCAGCUUCUGCACGAAGUGUCCAGAAACUGGCCAUCAGAGCUUUUGAGUUUAUCAGAUCAGUUUAUUCUUGGGAUGCCAUCAAGAUGGGUCUCACUAUAAAUGAAGAAAUCUGAGGAGAAGAGUCCAGUUUUAUGUGUUUCUAGACAAAAUGCUUAAGCGUUCUUAUGCAAGUCAUGUUAGAUUUAUAUGAUGUGUGAAAUUUGCUUACAAGGGAAUUUUCAUGAUUUGAGUUAGAUUAGCAUUUAAUUAUCUGCUUUAAAGGAUAGUUAAUUUAUUUCAAAAAUAAGAAAAAAUAGAUGAAUAUGUGAAUUUUUUAAGACUGAGAGAUGAUGUUCCUUUACUUUUUCUGUAAAGAAGAUAAUUUUUAAAUCUUUCAUAUCCUGUAGAGAAAACUAACUUUUCCUCUGUGAUACAGUACAUUAUGUUUGCACUACCAUAAUAUCAAGACCGAAAGUAUAAAAAAUGUACAUAUAAGAUUGAUUUUUAUAUCUUUUUUUAAAAGGGGGUUUGAGGUGCCUGCCUGGCUCAUUUAGUAAAACAUAUGACUCUUAAUCUUGGGGUCGUGAGUUCGAGCCCCACGUUGGGGGUAGAGUUUACUUUCAAAAUAAAUAAAAGGGGUUUGAGUCUGUUGCACUAAGCUAUACAUGACUAGUUUAAAGUAGAGAGAUGUUAUGCUAGAUUUAAAAAUCACUAGUUUUCUUAAUGUGUCUUUGUAUGAUCAACAGCAUGCAAUAAGCAAUACAAAACACCAAGCCUUAUACUUACAAGAAAGAAGUUUAACAUAUUGGUAAAGUUCUAAACAUAUCAAAUGUAUAUAAAUGACAAAAGUAGGAUUUUAAGGAAAUGUACAGUAUAUAUAGAAGCUCAGUACUGCAUUAAGAAACUUCUUUAGAACUAGGAAAGCAUUCAUGUAUUUGAGGAGAAAAUUUAGGGGUUUGAGAAGUUAUAUUUUUCUAUUUAAAAGGGUUAAAUUAUUAUAUAAUUUGAAAGAAGUUGCUUUGAAUGUAGGACAAAACUGUUUCAAAGAUUUUUGUUUGAAACGUUGAUGUAUUUUUGUGCCUUAAUAUUUGUUCUGACUUUUAAUAAAAUGCUUUCUGAAAUUCUG